AGAAAUUUUAAUCUCCGACAUCAUCGAUCGUCUUAUGAGCGGAUGGGACCGAUAGCACACGCCGAGCACUACGUUGCCAAAAGUUUCAGUGUUGGAAUGAUUUUAUCAAAAUCUAGAUAACCCCCCUGAGAUUAAAAAUGACAGAUUACGUCGAGGAGCAAAGGAAUGAACUUGAAGCCAUAGAAUCAAUCUAUCCCGACUCCUUUACAGAAAUGAUCUGUUAUUCAUGUGGGCUUGCAGUGCUGUCAGAAGAACCCACCAGUUUCACUAUUACCGUUACGUCAGAUGCAGGAGAAAACGGGGAAACUGUUGAGGCAACUUUAAAGUUUACAUAUGUAGCAGAAUAUCCAGAUGAGCCUCCACUGUGGGAGAUCUACUCUCAAGAAAAUCUGGAAGAUGGCGACCUGGAGAACAUUCUCACCCUGUUGAAGCAGCAGGCUGAAGAAAACCUGGGUAUGGUGAUGAUCUUCACCCUGGUGACAGCUGUUCAGGAGAAACUUAAUGAAAUUGUGGAUGCAAUGAAAAACAGACGAGAAGAGGAAAAACUCCGGAAAGAAAAGGAGGCAGAGGAAGCAGAAAAGGUGAAGUUCCAGGGUACAGUUGUAACAAUUGAAAACUUUCUGGCAUGGAAAGCCAAGUUUGAGCUGGAGAUGGCUGAGUUCAGACGAAAAAAACAGAAAGAGGAGGAGCAGGCUGGAAAACCCAGACUCACUGGUAAACAGCUGUUUGAGAGAGAUCAUAACCUUGACACAUCGGACAUUCAGUUCCUAGAAGAUGCUGGAAACAACGUUGAAGUGGACGAGUCCCUAUUCCAGGACAUUGAGGACUUGGAUUUGGAUGAAGACGAUCCAAACUUUGACCCGUUAGACAUGGACAGUGAUGAAGACUAAAGCUGAACAAAACAACAGACAGUUAAAACCCCUGGCAGACCACUGAUUCACUCAUAGUUCCACCCAAUUAUGGCAUUUUUGAAGACUCUUGGAGAAAAUAGGAAAAAUCUUAGUUUACUACAACAGAAGACGUUAAAAAAAAUUUAAUUUGAAAUUUCCAAAAUAAAUCUUGCUCUUUAUUAAAUACUGACCUUCGAAAAACUAUGGUGAAUAAUAUUUCAGUUUCUAAACUCCACUUUUGUCCUGAUUCAGAAAAAUUUGGAGAUGGACACAUGCUACCAGAUCUGACACCGCAGAUAAAACCAACUUCUCACCUGGUGAGAACAGAACUGUUCCAACUUAUUUAGCAACAUUAAACUGCUGAGUUUGUAGAAAACUAUAGAGAAUCCAGGUCAAUUGCAACAUUACAUCAUUACACAACAUUGUUGAAUAAAUAUGUUAACUAUGGGUCAUCUUAAA